GCCAAGCCAACAGCAGGCAACAGGCAAGGCAACUGGCAACUGGCAGCAACAGUUCAAUUCAGUCUACGUUUUGGCCUAAACGCGUUUGCUUGGAUUUGGCCAGCGCGCAUGAGCCGUCAGUUAGUCUGCCAGCGCUUUUUACCCUCUCUCUCUGCGUGUGUGUGUGUGAAUGUGUGUGUGUGGCCUGUUAACAAAAUGUGAUUAGCAAAAAUACAAAAGAAGAAACGAAGGCAGAGAACGCAAAGAAUAAAAGACAACGCGAAACUGUGUUAAAAAUAACAAAUAAUAAACUUGCAUAUAUCCACGAAUAACAAUACGAAUUUGUUCGGUUUUAGUUUUUAUUAUUUUUUUUGGUUUACGGUAUUUCUUUUUAUUUUUUAUAAAUGCGAAUAAAAGCAAAUUGUUUAACGCGCUGGCGCUGCAACAAAAUAAUUAACAACAAUAAGUGCAAAUAUUGUUAAAAGCAAUGCUAAAUUUUGUGCUUUAUCGGCAACGACAACGGCAGUAACAACAACAGCAAUAAAAUUCAUAUUGAGCUACACCCAAAAGCCAACAACAACAACAACUGCAACAACUACAGCAACGGCGGCUGUGCGGCUGACUUGGCCGACAGCUCAGCAGCAGCAGCAACAACAACAACAAUAGCACCAUUACCACCAGCAAGAACAACAACAAACAGCUAAAGUCGUCGUCUACCUUUUUCGUGCCUUUUCAAGUGUUUUUUUUUGUUGUUCCCCCGCUCAGCAGAGCACAAAAGAGAGAGCGUAAGCGAGAGCGCCUCUGGUUUGGAGCUGUGCUCAGUCUCGUCUACGAGUUUUAUGUAGACCAGUUCCAGUUCCAAUUCCAGUUCCAGUUCCGUGAUCUGACCAGCUGUGUUUGCUGCACAACAUACACAUACACAUAGAUACAUAUGCAGUUUAUGCUCGUCGCAUGCAAUUUUGAUGCCCCAAGGAGAUGAUUGACUAAAAAGUGACUAAAAAGUGACUCGAUAUCACGACGUUGUUCGAGAUGCACGAACUGUUUACAAAAGUGCUCGCCAAGCGAGAUUUGUCCCGUGCCGGAGAUCUGUUCUCGGUCCCCGAUGCGGACAUUGUCAAUGACAUCACAGAGGUGCUGUCUGAAAUCAAUCCAAUAAUCUCCCAUGCGGAUUACGUGAAAAACAACAAUGAUCAGAGCGUGGUGGAGAUCUGUGUCACCCGAGUGCUCUCCUGCAUCCGGGAGACGCGCAGUGCGGAGCGUUAUUGUGCUGCCUUGGUGGAUCUGCUGAAGACUUGUCUGCUGUGGAAUCUUCAACCGGUGGCUGCCACCAAGGAGGAGCCGCCGCACGCCAAGAUUGCCGCCGAUAUAAUCUCUAGCAUAUUUUUAAACUAUGACAAGAAAGAACUGAUGAAAAUAGCGCUGCCCAUUGCCGUGCAAUUUCUGCCCAAGGGCAACAAGGAGCUGUCCAGGAAUCUGGCUAGUUAUCUUUCACUGGCCGCCAUUGAUUAUGCCUAUCUCUUGAUAGAUAUUAUGGAUCCCAUUAUGGAUUCCAUACUGGCCGGCAACUAUGGAUUGCUUCGUGUGCUCUCCCAGGUCUACGAGGUCUCUCCGGAGACGGUGACACCGCAUGCUCCACUGCUGAUUCCCCUGCUGCCACAGUGCGAUGCCCAGGAGAGAAUGGCCGUCUUCCAACUCUAUCUGCUCAUCGUGCAGAAGUCGCCGGCGGUGCUGGAGUCCUGUGUGCCUCAGCUGUGUGGUUUUCUGCAGGACAGCGACACCUCCAACAUCACCAUGCAGAUCCUGCUGAAGCUGGCGCAGCAUGCUCCACAUCUGCUGGUGGAUCACUUCGAGCAAGUGCGUCUGGCAGCUAAGACAAAUCCGAGUACGGUCACACUCUGUGCCCAGAUCUUGACCACAUCGGGAAUUGGCAGCAAGGAGACGGCUCAGCAGGCUCUGGACUUUGUGCUGGAACAUCUGCCGGCACAGGCGCUGCUGCAGCAGGAGGCGACCAGGUUGUGCUCCGCCUACCCGGUGCUCUUCACGGACAAGGUGCUCGCCUGUGUGCGGCAAAAGAAUGCGGCACUGAGUUCCCAGCACGAUGUGGGCAACAAAAUCUCGGGAGGCGUCACCAUUGUCAGCUUGAACAGCUCCAGUCCGCCGAUUAAACCAGCUCCCUCCGCCUCCGCCACGCCCGCCAGCAGCAGCAGCAAUAUUCUCCAGCCGCCGAGCAGUGCUAUCAAUGCCAUGGCCACGCCCACUUCCAAUGCUGCACCCGCUCCCAUUGCCACCUCCACACCAGCAGCGCCACCGCCCGUUGCCACGCCCACGCCGACACCGACGCCUCCACACACGGGCUACACGCGGCGGGUGAAGCUGGGGGAUUCCCGCAGCACUGGACGACUGCAUCCGGCGAGCAACACCCACAGAAGCGUCACACGACUCAAUGUGGCCAGUGGAUCGGUCGGAGGACUCCACAAGAGCAUGACGCGCUUGAGCAACUCACAAAUCAAUCAACAGCCCGGCGGAAAUUCCAAUGGCAAUGUUGUAGUCCAAACGGGUGCCACGCCCAAGACACCAACAACUCCUAGUAAUCCACCCGUGACCCCGGUGCCUCCCUUGAGCAACGAUGUCAUCAUCACGGGACACAACAAACAUGGCAUUCCUGUGACUUCAGGCGGUGUCACUGUCACCACGUCACCCUCGAAGGUGCGUCCACACUCCCAAGGUCCCUCGACGCUGCUCAACUCCAGCACGGUGCUGAUGAAGUACAGCACGGAUGCACUGAAUCAAUCCGUGGGCUCCAUUUCCAUACCGCAAUCAGCAGGCGCUGCUUCAACGGCAGCUCAGCAAUCCCAGAACGCCGUCUCCGUGCAUCAUGCAUCGCCUGCGCUGCCCCAAUCCUCCAGCAAUGGCAAUGCCAAAUCCAUCACGAAGCUGCCCAUCAAUGGAAAUAGCGAGGUGAUUGUCUCGGGUCCAACGACCACCACAAAUGUGGCUCCACGUCGCAGUGAUAACACGAGUCGUACGCUGCUCAAUGCCAACAGCGUGAUGGAUCAGCGCAUGAGCACCUUUGAGCCAUAUCAGAUAAUGCGUGAUCCCGUCCAGCAAUUCUGCGAGAAGAACUUUGUCUCCAUCAAGUCGUAUAUGGAUGAGGUAUCACAGCACUUGCCACCGCCCACAAGGUGUAGUAUUGAGGUUUCUAAUGAAUUUGCAGAGCGUCGCAAGAAGGUGGCCAAAUUGCAUUUCGCCUGUCAGAUACGUGGACCUCAUUGUCUCUACUCCAAGACUUGCUUCACGAUGCGCACACGUAAUCCCAAGACCUGGAUUCACAUGAUCUUCUUAGACUUUCAAGUGCGGCACUUUGUCAAGGAGAAAUGUGUGCUUAGCACACGUGAGCCGGGCAUCAGUAAUCUGAAGAAUAUCUGGCAGAUACUCAAGUGCGAGAAUCGCAGCUUUACCGAACUGGUCACCAGUCAGUUUCCCCAGGUCAAGGACCGUGAGAUACUUGUGAAUGAGCUGCGUCACUCGGGUUUUCUCGAUGUAUUUGAAGUGUCCAAGACGAACAAGUCGAAUCCGAAUUGCAAUGAGCUGGAGUAUCAAUGGGGCUGCUUUCUGUGCAAUCAUCCGGACAAGGCGGUUGGUUUUCUCAAUGGCAGCAAUCAGCCCAUGAUCGAGGGUCAGCUCAAGGAGAAGAAGGGCAAGUGGCGACUCUUUAGGCGCUGGCGCACACGCUACUUUACGCUCUCUGGCGCACAUUUGUCCUGCAAGGGAUCUAGCGGCGGCGAGAGCAUCGAUGUGAAUCAAAUACGCUCCGUGAAGGUUUCACGUGGCGCACGCAACAUACCCAAGGCAUUUGAGAUUUUCACGGCCGAUCAGACACUAAUACUCAAGCCCAAGGAUGGCAAGAACGCUGAGGAGUGGGUGCAGUGCCUCAGCAUUGUGGUUGCCCAUUCGCAGGCUCGCGAUAAUCCCACAGUCAAGACAAAUAGUUUGCCCGCUCGCAGCAUUGGCAGCAGCAAGCCCUCGUUUUAGGCAAGCGAUCCAGCCCUGAACCAGCAUCGGAACCAGCAACUGAACCUGAACCUACAUUGUGAGAUUAUUUGUAAUUGUAAAGACCAACAACACACACACACA